AUGGACGAUGCGCAAGAAAUCCAUAAUUAUCCUUUUGAUUCAAUUAUCAACAUAUACCUUUCUGCCAAAAAAUAUCAAAUCCCUGAUGAUUAUAACCAAUGUACUAUUCGAUGCUCUAUUAACUAUAAUAAAGAAGGUCCAGUUUUUCAAAUAUGUUUUGGAAAAUACUUUGAAUAUGAAGUGUUUUCUACUAAAACAGUUACAGAUGCUGCAAAUUUAUUUCAUAAAAAAUAUACACCUGAAAAAGGAACUAAAACAUCAGGAGUAUAUUUAUUUGGCCUUCAUCUCAGAGUAUUAAAUGAAACAAGAACAUCAAAAUGA